AUGGCCAUCGCAAACAAACAAAUCGUCUACUCCAAGACGCCCGCCCCGGCAAUCGACCCCAGCCUCACUGAUGGCACCUUUGCCGUCAAGAACACCUCCAUCGCGGAGCCCAUCCCAGACGACAAGGUUCUCGUCCGCGUGCACUACCUCUCCCUUGACCCGGCGAUGCGGCAAUGGCUCACCGCGACUCGAUCGUACAUUGCGCCAGUCCUGAUCGGCGAUGUGAUGCGCAGCAAUUCGGUGGCUCAAAUCGUCAGCGUCGGGAGCAGCCUGAAGAACGAAUUCAAGACCGGCGAAUGGCUGGUCGCAUCGACCGGCUGGCAAGAGUAUGCGCUCUUGACCGCCAAGGAAGCGAAAGCCCAGAGAGUCGUUGUGCCGCCUGGCUGCACGCCGACAGACGCCAUGUCCGUGCUCGGCCUGACGGGGUUGACUGCGUAUUUCGGACUUCUCGAGGUCGGAAAAGUCAAGCCAGGCGACACGGUCGUCGUGUCCGGCGCUGCGGGCGCGACCGGCAUGGUAGCUGGGCAAAUCGCCAAGAUCAAGGGCGCAAAACGCGUUGUUGGGCUGGCUGGAAGUCCCGAUAAAUGCAAGUUUCUGACUGAAGAGCUGGGCUUUGAUACGGCGAUUAAUUAUAAGGACAAGGACUGGCGGAAACAGCUCAAGGCCGCCUGUCCAGAGUAUAUUAAUGUCUAUUUUGACAAUGUCGGUGGAGAAAUCCUCGAUGCGUGUCUGGCACUGGCGGCGCCGUUUUCGCGAUUUGCGAUUUGCGGACAUAUCAGUCAGUACUCUGCUGCGAAGCCUGAGGGACCACGCAGUAUUAUGAUGAUCAUUGGCCAACGAGUUACCAUGCAAGGAUUCAUCGUGUUCGACUAUGCCAAACAGUACCCAGCAGCAUUGAAAGAGCUCGGCCAGUGGCUCGUCGAGGGCAAAAUCAAGCGGAAAGAACAUAUUAUCAAGGGUGGUCUAGAAGCAUGUCCGCAGGGAUUGGUUGAUUUGUACGCUGGUGUCAAUACUGGCAAGAUGAUGGUUGAGCUUGCUCCCCUCUCACAGGCAAUUCAGAGUAACCUCGGCGAAAAGCUAUAA